CCGUCAUUUCCGUUGUUGUCACGGAGACUCACGAAAAUUCACUAGGAUUGCCUGCUAGUUCAUAAGUUCAUUGCUGUUCUGGUCAAGAAGGCCAAAUAGCGACAAGCAUCAUGUUGCGUUUGCCAGCCGUUAGCCGAGCGCUAGCAGGGGCAGCCAAGGGCAGCCUGGCCACGACUAACAAUGGGCGGACCUUAGUGAGAGCUGCUAGUAACAUGGUGGAGGUGUUUGUUGAUGGAAAACCAGUUGAGGUUCCCCCUGGAACCACUGUGCUGCAGGCUUGUGAGAAGAUGGGUGUGCAGAUUCCUCGGUUCUGCUACCAUGAGCGCCUGUCUGUAGCUGGGAAUUGCAGAAUGUGCUUAGUGGAGAUUGAGAAAGCACCAAAGCUGGCGGCAGCAUGCGCCAUGCCGGUGAUGAAGGGCUGGAACAUCCUGACCAACUCGGAGAAGACCCGCAAGGCCAGAGAGGGAGUGAUGGAGUUCCUUCUGGCCAACCACCCACUGGACUGCCCCAUCUGUGACCAGGGAGGAGAGUGUGACCUUCAGGACCAGUCCAUGCAGUUUGGGUCAGAUCGCAGUCGGUUCUCUGAGGACAAGCGGGCCGUGGAGGAUAAAAACAUUGGGCCGCUUAUUAAAACCAUCAUGACUCGCUGCAUCCAAUGCACACGCUGUGUCCGGUUUGCCAGUGAGAUUGCCGGUGUUGAGGACCUGGGUACCACAGGCAGAGGGAACAACUUGCAGAUCGGAACCUAUGUGGAGAAGAUGUUCAUGUCCGAGAUGUCAGGCAAUGUCAUCGACAUCUGUCCCGUCGGAGCCCUCACCUCCAAACCAUACGCCUUCACCUCAAGACCCUGGGAGACCAGGAAGACAGAGUCUAUAGACGUGUUGGACGCUGUAGGCAGCAACAUCGUUGUGAGUACACGCGGCGGCGAGGUGAUGCGAGUGCUUCCCCGGCUUAACGAAGACGUCAACGAGGAGUGGAUCUCCGACAAGACAAGGUUUGCAUAUGACGGUCUGAAGCGCCAGAGGUUGACCCAGCCCAUGGUGAAGGAUGCGUCGGGACAGCUCGCACCCACAUCCUGGGAGGAUGUACUUACACGCGUGGCUGGAGCAUUGCAGGGCGCCCAAGGUAGCGACGUGGCAGCCAUAGCUGGUGGCAUGGUGGAUGCUGAGGCUCUGGUGGCUCUAAAGGAUCUACUCAACAGACUGAACAGUGACAACCUCUGUACCGAGGAGGUCUUCCCAGACGCGGGGGCUGGCUCCGACCUGCGUUCCAACUAUCUGCUGAACUCUCGGAUCGCUGGCAUCGAGGAGGCUGACCUGCUGCUGCUAAUAGGAACCAAUCCUCGCUAUGAGGCCCCACUGUUCAAUGCUCGUGUCCGAAAGAGCUGGCUGCAUAAUGAGCUGAAGGUGGCCAUGGUGGGAAGCAAUGUGGAUCUGAGCUACACCUAUGACCACCUGGGGGACUCCACCCAGGUCCUGAAGGACAUCGCCAACGGAACACACCCAUUCUGCCAGGUGCUGGCACAGGCCAAGCGCCCGGUGGUGGUGGUGGGCAGUGCAUCUUUGCAGAGGGAGGAUGGGGGAGCCAUCUUAGGUGCCGUCCAGACAAUUGCCCAUGCUGCCCGGACCAGCAGCGGAGUGGAUGACGGCUGGAAGGUCCUUAAUGUGCUGCACAGAGUGGCCAGUCAGGUGGCAGCCCUUGACCUGGGCUACAAGGCGGGGGUGGAGUCUAUCCGGAAAGCCCCGCCCAAAGUUCUGUUCUUGCUGGGAGCUGAUGGAGAAUGCAUCACCAGACAGGAUCUGCCCAAAGACAGCUUGAUCAUCUACCAGGGUCACCAUGGAGAUGUGGGUGCUACCAUGGCUGACAUCAUCCUGCCUGGUGCGGCAUACACAGAAAAGACUGGAACGUACGUCAACACGGAGGGGAGGAGUCAGCAGACGCGCGUGGCUGUCACCGCACCUGGGAUGGCCAGGGAGGACUGGAAGAUCAUCAGAGCCGUCUCUGAGCUGGCCGGGCUAACGCUGCCCUAUGACUCUGUGGAUGAGGUGAGGGAUCGUCUAGCCGAAGUGUCUCCUAACCUGGUCCGCUAUGACGACGUAGAGGAGGCCAACUACUUCAAACAGGCCAACGAACUUUCACAGGCUGUGAAUCAGGCUUUUCUAGCGAACCCACUCGUUUCUCCCCAGCUCACAGCUAAAGACUUCUAUAUGACCGAUCCCAUUAGUAGAGCCUCUCAGACCAUGGCCAAAUGUGUGAAGGCCAUCACGGAGGGAGCUGAUGCCAUUGAUGAACCAUCCAUCUGCUGAACACACACAACGACACAUCCAGGCACACGAACAGUGAUGAUCUUUUAUUUAAGUAGUUUUUUGUUGUUGUUGUAAAGAUGUCAUGUCCAUGCUGAGGGAAGAGGCUUUGUUAAGGACAAAACUGUAUGUUUAUGAAUAAAAUCUUAUCCUGUAUUCCUCUG